CCAUCGCCGCCGUCUCCUGCUCCGCUCCACACACUGGGCUACUGAGCUGCGCUGGGCAGAUCCUCAUCAGGACAAGGCUUCCAGGACAGGAAAGGUCCUUUGUCCCUUCUCCGGCGAGUCUGGAGAAUAGAACCACACAGGCAUGUCCCGGUGGCUCCUCCUGUCACUUGCCCUCUGGGCUAGCUGCUCCCCUGGCAAUACAGGGACAGCUGCUCUGAGCCAGCCCAGGGUGCAAUGCCACGCCUCUCGGUACCCUGUGGCCGUGGACUGCUCCUGGACGCCGUUGCGGGCUCCCAACUCCACCAGACCCACGUCCUUCAUCGCCACUUACAGGCUCGGUGUGGCCACCCAGCAGCAGAGCCAGCCCUGCCUACAGUCCACCCCCGAGGCUACGUGCUGCACCAUCCCCCACGUGCACCUGUUCUCCACGGUGCCCUACGUGUUAAAUGUCACUGCGCUUCAUCCCAGCGGUGCCAGCAGCAGCCUUCUGGCCUUUGUGGCUGAGCGGAUCAUCAAGCCCGACCCCCCGGAAGGCGUGCGUCUGCGCAAAGCGGGGCAGCUGCUGCAGGUGCUCUGGCAUCCCCCUGCCUCCUGGCCCUUCCCGAACAUCUUCUCUCUCAAGUACCGCGUCCGCUACCGGCGCCACGGUGCCUCUCACUUCCGCCAGGUGGGACCCAUUGAAGCCACGACCUUCACCUUCAGGGCGGCGAAGUCCCACGCCAAGUACUGUGUCCAGGUGUCAGCCCAGGAUCUCACGGACUAUGGGAAACCAAGUGACUGGAGCCUCCCUGGGCAAGCAGAGGGGAUGCCCCAGAAAUCCUUGAAGAGGGACUAGGUCUUUGAUAGCAGACCCUAAUGUCGUCUACUUCAAAGUGUCUGGGUGGCCUGGCAUGGCCUGGGUUCGAGUCCUAACUUUGCACAUGCCGAGAUCCUCGGCGCAUUGACUUGACCUCUCCGGACAUCAAUUUCCAAAUCUGUGGGGAUGUUAUUUCUCCUUACAUCAGUUCCGUGCUUUAUAAACUGUAAAUGUGAUUUGAUUAGAUAUUUUGAUUAAAUAAGAAUUAUUAGCCUGGCAAUGGUGGCGCACACCUUUAAUCCAAGCACUUGGAAGGCAGAGGCAGGUGGAUCAAUAUGAGUUCGAGGUCAAUCUGGUCUAUAGAGCAAGUUCCGGACAGCCAGGGCUACACAGAGAAACCCUGUCUCGAAAAACCCCAAAACAAAACAAAAUUAUUAUUAUUAUUAUGGGGAAUGGAGGAGUUCGAGACAGGACUUCUUCAUGUAGGCCUGGCUGUCCUAGACCAGGCUGGCCUCGAACUCACAGACAUCUUCCUGUCUCUGCCUCCCGAGGGCUGAGAUUAAAGACA